AUGUCCGUCGGCCAACCGGCUUCUCCGUCCACACUGCGGUCCAUACUCGUCGACUCCUCGCGCAAGAGGUCCGACCGAGUUCAAACUGGCCCCGACGAUGUGUCUUCCAGCUCUCGGCCUCCCAUCACGCCAACAUCGCGCAUGCGCAAUACCUACACCUCGAUGGCGGGCACGCGCAGCGCCCUGUGCUGCUGCGUCGUCAUGGUCUCGCUGAUGCUGCUGCUGGUCGUGCUGCUGUUCCCGCGCAGUUGGCCCGCGCGCCACCACAUCCCUUGCUGGACCCAGUCGUGCCGCGACUUCGUCGCCGCACUGGCUGCCUCCAUCAACGCAUCGCAGGACCCGUGCCAGGACUUCCACAGCUACGUCUGCGACCGCUGGCGACCCAGCUUCGGAGGUCGCUCCAUGCUCGAAGACUCGGCCAUCGGCUUCCGCAGAGACGUGGGCGAACGCGCCGCCAGCACUUCGCCGCCGCGACAGUCGCAGGACAGUUACGAGAAGGCGGUCAUGCUCUACAAGAGCUGUCUAGCCGAGAGCGCACAAGGAAUCGACGAGUUCAAGCGGUUCCUGCGCAAACACUACCUGCCCUGGCCAAAGGUAGACAAGCGCGUAACCGUGCUGGACGUGGUUCUGGACUUGUCUUUCCACUGGCACUUCCCAAUCUUCUUCUAUGUUUAUCGCAUUUCCUCUGUGCCAGAGCCAUCGACGCCAUCAGUAUACAAGCGGCCCUCCGUGAGACUUGUCUUCACUGGCGCCUUCCUGGGACUGGGUCCGCGCCUUCUGCUUCGGGAACGCGAGCUGCGCAAGAACAACACCGAGCACAUCUGUCGCUUGCGCGACGCCCUCAAAGAGCGUGGCGACAAGGAGUCUGAGGCGGUUUCCUGCAAGCAUCUUGACGAACUUCAGCGAAGAGUUCUGAGUGGUUCGAUGACCGGUGGCGAUGAACCUUUCGGAGACAACGACGCGUCCUGGACUAGGUACGACAGCCUGGACAGCUUUGCCGAAGAACUUACGCCGUCCGUCUCUGCACAGCGCUGGCUCGAGCUUUUAAGGAAAUACAUGCCCCACGGCGAGAGCUUCAGUGCUGCUGGGACUCCGAUUGAGGUCUAUAACAAGCUGUACAUGCGCAAGCUCGAGAGGUUUCUCGGCUCGGACCAGCCUCAGACUGACAUGCUUCGCGUGGCGGGUCUCUGCGUGGUCCAGGGCUUGGGUCGCUUCGCCAGCAAUCGUCUCGCCACUCUCAUCUACGGCGACGACCACGAACGUGCCCGACGCCACCCGGACUUGUGCUACGCACUCGUGGAUCAGGUGUUGCCGCACCAGCUGUCUGCACGCUACGUAGCACUCCUGCUCGACACCGAACGCGUCGCGAAGGCCACCGAAGUGUUCAGCGCGGUGAAAUAUUUCGUCGUCAGAUCUCUGCGCAAUGCGGCCUGGUUCAACGCGGUCAUUCCCCCGAAAGCGGUCGAAACAAUCAGGCACAGCAACCUCACGUACGAGGCUGUGCUGAGCGGCGAAGUAUCGGGCAAGGAGCUACCUUCCAAUGCAGCAGCCAUGAGGCUGCCAGACUUGGGUGACGACUUCCUGGAAAACCUGAGCCUCAUUCCGCACUCGUACUGGGACAACAAUCACCGGGACCUGUGGAUGAAGGCGCGUCCGUCUGGCUCCGAGGCCGACGGCACCGUCCGGGCCGCGCCGUCUUCGACGACCGAGGCGCAACGGCGCUGGGAAGACGUCUGGCGACAGCACGAAGUGCAGCCGUUGGCGACGGCGUCUAGCCAAGACGUUGUUCUUCCAAACCUCUACAUGCUCGAGUCCGUGUUCCCGACCCGCGCGUACGAGAGCGUCAACUACGGCGUCCUAGGCUCGUUGCUGGCGCGCAGGCUUCUGGCGGUGCUACUGAUGGCGCCCGCUGUCCACAGUGCACCCAGCCACCUGUCGUGGCCGGGCAACCUCGACGCGAACGAUAGCGCGCCUUGCGUGUGGAAGGCUUUCUCGCGCGAUGGGCGACAGAGCAACGGCACAGCAUACAGGCAUCACCCCAGCGACAUGGCGGCCAUGCUGGUGGCUGUCGCGUCGCUGAAGCCUCUUUUCGACGCGCUGUCCGCGAGUCCCGGCUACCCGGACUGGAGCCGCGGCUUCGAAGAGUACAGCGCCGAUCAGCUCUUUUUUCUGGCGCUUUGCUUUCCUAGCUGCAGGUUGCGCCAGAACGAAACGGUGCCCGUCCGAGGCGGCCGCAGCCAAGCCGCGUGGUGCAACGUUCCGCUGGGCCUCUUUCACGUUUUCGGCGAGGCAUUCCGCUGCUCGGCCGGCCAGGCGAUGAACCCUAGCUCCAAGUGCGCCGUGUGGUGA